AUGAACCCACUUAAUGUGGAGGAAAACAGCAGACUACCUGAGGGACUCCUUAAGCUGUGCACUGAGAACCACAUUAAACAAGACCAAGAGGUGCCAGAUCUAAAGAUGUACCAGGAACAACUGAAUAUGAUGUCCAUAGAUGCCAGUGCUGUGACAAAGGUGGUGAAUAAUUGCACACUUUUUUCUGCACACUUUCAUCCAUGUUCCUCCACUCUGUUUAUGGCUGCUGGGGACUAUUCAGGCCACCUUGGCCUUUUGACCAUGGGGGUGGACUGGGGUGAUGAUGGCGUGCUGCUUUUUAAGCCACAAUCUGGUGUGGUUGGCUGCUUGGCCUUCUCCUCAGCACAGCCUACCAACCUGCUCACAGUCAGCAAUGAUGGUAGUACACACAGCAUGGACCUGGAAAGGGCGCUGUUUGAAGAGGUGUACCACUCAGACUCUGGUCUGAAAAGCUUUGACUUUCUGUCUGUGGACUGUUCAACUUUACUCAUGGAUGGAGAUGUUGUCAUAGUUGACCGAAGGACUCCAAGGAUGUCAUAUGAGUGGCUCCACACCUUGGAUCCUAAGUGUGUGAGCAGUGUACAUGUGCACCCACUGCAGAGGCAGUACUUUGCUGCUGCAGAGAGCAGAUCAGUGCACAUAUAUGACUGUCGUCAUCUGAAGAGGAAAGUCAGAUCACCUGUGUGUAAACUAAAAGGCCACUCUGGGAGUGUCUCCAGUGCCGCCUUCUCACCAUGCACAGGAAAAGUGCUGACCUCAUGCUUUGAUGGCAAGAUCAGGUACCUACAGUAG